AUGUAUAUAAACUCUCCAUAUACCAAUGGGAAGAAGGAGCAAGGUAGGAAGAGACAUCUGGACAACAAGGUGGUCAACAAAGGGAAGGAGAUUGGAGUUGUUCCAGAUGGAGCCAAGGGCGAGGAGCACACGGACAAGAAGAAGUUCUCGGGUUACUUUCUUCGCCAAGAACCCCACUGUGUGAAGGACUGUUCAAGAAGGCAGAACUUGAAUGCAAUUGUGACUGAAAGAGAGGGAGGUGCUGAAGAGGGCAGCAAUCUCUAG